GCUAGGCAGGAGUGAGCGCCGGCAGCCAAUCAGAUCGCUCGUGUCGGGAACGGGCUCCGGGAGCUGAGACAGACCGAGUGACAGCGUCUGAUUCCCGGGAAAGAACCUCACGGAGCGUCCCUGGACAGGACCCUGAACACAGCCAAGAUGCCGAACAAAACCAAGAAGGAGAAGCAGCAGCAGCAGCAGCAGCUAGCUGUCCUGACGGGCUAACCUGCUGUAAGGCCCCGCUAACAGAGGACGGGGAGCAGCCUGCCUCUGGCUGCAGGGAUGCUAACAGCUGCAUUAACCUGUGUGUUCGCCUCAGUGUCAGGAAACAACCAAAUCUUCCAAAAGCAGCAUGAAGAACAGUAACAGCAGCAGUAGCAGCGGCGGCGGUGGUGGCGGAGGGAAGGAUGCUGCUGCUCCUGAAAACUCAGACGAGUCCCAGCAGCAGCAGAGUGGCAGUAAGCGUCCCAGUAACAGCACGCCUCCUCCCACUCAGCUCAACAAGAUAAAGUACUCUGGAGGUCCUCAGCUGGUGAAGAAGGAGCGCCGCCAGAGCUCGUCCCGCUUCAGCCUGACCAAGAACAGAGAGCUGCAGAAACUACCUGCACUCAAAGACUCCCCCAUGAUCGAGCGUGAGGAGCUGUUCGUCCAGAAGCUGCGUCAGUGCUGCGUCCUGUUCGACUUUGUCAGCGACCCGCUCAGCGACCUGAAGUACAAAGAAGUGAAGAGAGCUGGACUCAACGAGAUGGUGGAGUACAUCACACACAACAGUGACGUGGUGACCGAGUGCAUCUACCCUGAGGCUGUGCUGAUGUUUUCUGUGAACUUGUUCCGGACUCUCCCUCCGUCCUCCAAUCCCACCGGCGCUGAGUUUGAUCCCGAGGAGGAUGAGCCGACGCUGGAGGCGGCCUGGCCUCACCUGCAGCUCGUCUAUGAGUUCUUCCUUCGCUUCCUGGAGUCUCCAGACUUCCAGCCAAACGUUGCCAAAAAAUACAUCGACCAAAAGUUUGUACUGUCGCUGCUGGAGCUGUUUGACAGUGAGGAUCCCAGAGAGAGAGACUUCCUGAAGACAAUCCUCCACCGGAUCUACGGCAAGUUCCUCGGCCUCCGUGCCUACAUCCGCCGCCAGAUCAACAACAUCUUCUACAGAUUCAUCUACGAGACAGAACAUCACAACGGCAUCGCAGAGCUGCUGGAGAUACUGGGGAGCAUCAUCAACGGCUUCGCUCUCCCUCUCAAAGAAGAACACAAGAUGUUUCUGAUCCGAGUUCUGCUGCCGCUGCAUAAAGUCAAGUCUCUGAGUGUCUACCACCCCCAGCUGGCGUACUGUGUGGUCCAGUUCUUGGAGAAGGACAGUGGUCUGACAGAGCCGGUGAUCAUGGGUCUGCUCAAGUUCUGGCCGAAGACCCACAGUCCGAAGGAGGUGAUGUUCCUGAACGAGCUGGAGGAGAUCCUGGACGUCAUCGAGCCGUCCGAGUUCGUCAAAGUCCAGGAGCCGCUCUUCAGACAGCUCGCCAAGUGUGUGUCCAGCCCGCACUUCCAGGUGGCAGAGAGAGCUCUGUAUUACUGGAACAAUGAAUACAUCAUGAGUCUGAUCAGUGACAACGCUGCCAAGAUCCUCCCCAUCAUGUUCCCCGCGCUCUACAAGAACUCCAAGAGCCACUGGAACAAGACCAUCCACGGUCUGAUCUACAACGCUCUGAAGCUCUUCAUGGAGAUGAACCAGAAGCUGUUUGAUGACUGCACCCAGCAGUACAAGGCGGAGAAACAAAAGGAGAAAUAUAAGCUGAAGGAGAGAGAGGAGAUCUGGCAUAAGAUAGAGGAGCUGGCCAGACAGAACCCACAGAGCAAUAAGCUCCACCCCCUCCGCCCAGGACUCCACCCACAGGAAGAGUACAUGCUGUACAGUGACAGUAACACUGUGACUGUGUACUCCAUGGAAACGGAGACCCCAACAGCUGAAGACAUCCAACUGCUGAAGAAGACCGUGGAGAGCGAGGCCUCUCAGGGUAUGAAGGAUCUGAAGAAGGACAAGGUCCUGAUGAGGAGGAAGUCGGAGCUGCCACAGGAUGUCUACACCAUCAAAGCGUUGGAGGCUCACAAGAGAGCCGAGGAGUACCUGACAGCCAACCAGGAGGCUCUCUGACCGGGGGGGAUGGCCCCCUCUGAGCCUGACUCCGCCCCCCUCCUGUGCAUCUCUCUGGGGAGGAUUUCCAAACUGUCGUGGAGAAACUGGUCUGGGGUCAGACCAGGACGGAGCCGAUGCUACGUUCAAAAGAAAACAAAGAAACCAAACCUCCUCACCUCUGACCCCUGGUGGCCAAUCACAUGUAGGACACUGUAGGAGCUCCGUCUGUCCCACGUGCUGUCUCAGUGUUUCAGCGGUCAUGUGACGAUGACAUCAUCAGCUUCAUGUUGCACUAACACCUCAAACACCUCCACCUGCAAACACCUGCUGCUGUCUGUUCUCCACCAACACCGCUGGGACCAGCUCCGUGACCCCAGAGCCCGGAGAGGUCCCUGAAUGCAUCACGAGGAGGCCUUUUCCACUGCAGUGACUAGAAACUGCUGGAUGGUCCGGUUCUGAGUCUGCUUUGUGUCCCGGAGGCGUCUGAAUUGAACAUUUAGUCAUUUUUUCUGUUUGAGCCUCCGUCCAGAUGUGGUGUUUCCAUGUUUGAUCCUCGUUCAGCCGCUCAGCAGCAGAAUCAGCUGACUGCUGUGAACAGUGACAGAGAGACACAGCCUGUUUGAUCACCUGACUCUGCGUCACUGAAUCUCAUCUUUUUGAGAGGAAACAGUGACAUGGCUCUCAGCAGCUGACAUCUUUGUUUUCAUCAACUACACUAAGUCAAAAUCCAACGCAGAAUCCAGAACCCUGAACCCUGACGGAUCAGGGUCUGUGAUGAUCCACAUCAUGCAGUGGAAAAAAAAGCUCUCACACAUUGCGUCUCUUCUAUGACCUGAACACACCACCUGAUAGUUCACUGCCUGGCUCAGUCCUCCCAACUCUAAAGUCCCACCCCCUGUCACUUGAACUGACCAAUCACCUGUCAGCAUGGACCUGAGGUGGACUGGAGGCUGAAGCAGCUUCGGACAGACUGUGUAUGAUGAUGAUGAUGAUGAUGAUGAUGAUGAUGAUGAUGAUGAUGAUGACGAUGAUGAUGAUGAUGACACAGAGACACUUGAAUGUAGUCGUCCAAUCAGCAAGAUUCUUCUUUGUUGUUGUUUUAUUUACGUGUUUGAUGAUGUCAUGGUGUUUAAACCAAUGAGAGUUGCUCGCACGAGGAAUCACUUCCUGUCAGAAGCUGCUUCAGUGUUUUUGUUAUUUUGUGGAUCUGAAUGUUUGCGUAUGUAGUCGCGUCUCGUCGGGUCAAAGGUCAACACGAUGAAGGAGUGGAGGGAGAUUAUGCAAACAGUAGGAGGAGCUUCGGGUCUGAAUGUUUAGCUGUGUCAGCACAACAGAUCUAUGCUGGUCCAGGUCUCUCCCCGUCCAGACUCGACAGGUUUCAAUGCUGGUUUUUCUCCUUUUUUUUCCCCUUUUGUUUCAAACUGUGACUUCCUGUGGUUAGUUCUCCCCAGACUCAAGCUGGGAUUGGUUCAGACUGGUAGCUCCAGGGUUAGGUUCUACAAAAGGUUAGGUCUUGAUCAGAAGGGUCCUGAUUUGGACGUUCACUGUUCUGUCUGUCCAGGAUCAGGUAAUCCAGUUUACUUUAGUCCUGGUUUGUCAAAUACCUCUUUCGACCAACGUGAACCGGGUUGUAUUUCCGGGCUGGUGCUCGCGCUGGUUCAGAGCUGGUUCAAGUUAUGAACCAACACGGCACCCGUUUGUUUUCCCACCCGCUCGAGACCGUGGAAGAGACACGUCAUGACGUUACGUGACCACUUUUCCCAGCAGCACUAGCGUGAACUUUCCUUCACAACAACACAGAUGGCAACUUGUCUCCUUGGCCGACCGCUGCUCUGCCUUGAAUCCAUUAGUCUCUUUGAUAUUUUCACUGCAGGACAAUGGAGGAAACACGUUUGGUUUGUGUUUUUGACCACGCUAACCCCGCCCCUCGCCCCUGACGUAAGCGGUUCACGGUUCUAGACCAGCAAAGAGUUGAAGCUGCUCUGGAACCAGUCCUCCCGACCGGGAGCCGGUUCACUCACAGUCGAAACACAGAAAAAAACGGUUCUCAUUUGAGCGCUGGCUCUGAACCGGCCCUGAAACUGCCUCGGGCGGAAAGGAGUAAAAGACAAGUUGGAUUAGAUCAACCUUAUCAACAUACAGACUAUUUAAAAUCACCAAAUCCAGAUACCUAGAGCUCUAAACUGGACUACAUGCUGCGCACUUAGUCCACAGGGGGCGCCAAAAUCCACACAAACUGAAAGAAUCUCAGUUUUUAGAAUACUCUGUGGUUUAUGAUGCUGUUCAGGGCUUAGUGCUGUAUCUACUGUGUCACUUUAAGAACAGAAUCAGCUCAAGUACAUGUGUUUUAAAGACGUCUAAUGGAUCAGUACCAUCGUAACCAUGUAAGGUGACUAACUUGAAAGUUUUCUCACCUUUAGUUCCUGUAAUCCAGCCUGAACCAGGGUAACCCAGAUUUUUAGCUCAGAGUUCUUCCAGUCCUGCUCAGAAUUGUCCAACAGAACAAAAGGAGUGUUUGAUUGAGAUAAAACUCAAACUGGAUUACCUGAUCUAAUCUGUUCUUUGUAUUCUUCUUUCUUUGGAAUUUAUCUUUUUUAAAGAUCCUGAAGAUGAUUUAAUCUGAAGGAGCUGCUGGAGCUCAGAGUCACAGAGAGCUGAACAGAUGCUGCUCAGAGUGUCUGAAGAACUGAGUGACCUCAAAUGUACUGAGACAGGAGGAUGUUAUUCAUUUCAAUGUGUCUCCAGAUUUUAAAUGUCUUUAAUUUCAUGGUUUCUUUAAACAUUUCACGUCACAAAAACAUCCCAUAAUGAAACACCUCACAUCUCUUUAUCAGGAAACUAAACUAAGAGCACCUGAAAGGAAAAACAAUACAUGAAUCAUAACUUUCCUCAGAGUAAGCUUUCCUCUUCAUGAUCAAUCAAUCAAUCUUUAUUUGUAUAGCGCCAAAUCACAACAAACGUUAUCUCAAGACUCUUUUACAAACAGAGCAGGUCUAGACCACUCUAUGUCAAAUUAUGAACAGAGACCCAACACCAAGACAGGAUAAGACUCAGUCUGACCCCACCUUAAUCCACCAUGAGCAUUGCACCUCACAGUAUUUAGCUAGUUACAGUGGAGAGGACAAACUUCCUUUAACAGGCAGAAACCUCGAGCAGAACCAGACUCAUGUUAGACAGCCAUCUGCCUCGACCCAGUUUGGUCUGGAAAGAGGGACAGAGGAGAAUAAGAGAGAGAGGGAGCGGUGAUAGUUAUGAAAGGAGUAGUAGCAGGAGGACGUCUACGGCAGCUCAGAGGAACCUACAAGACAAGGGAGCUCAGGGACUCCAGAAAGGUCUAUGGUUAGUAACUUUAAUGGGACAGGGAGAGUUAAAGUAAGUGAUGAGGGGGUUGGGGGGAAGGGGGUGAGCUAGGAUCCCAGUGUGUCAGUGUGCCAGAUCCCCCGGCAGUCUAAGCCUAUAGCAGCAUAACUAAGAGCUGGUCCAAGCCUGAUCCAGCUCUAACUAUAAGCUUUAUCAAAAAGGAAAGUUUGAAGCCUACUCUUAAAAGUAGAGAGGGUGUCUGCCUCCCAGACCCUGACUGGUAGAUGAUUCCAAAGGAGGGGGGCCUGAUAACUGAAGGUUCUACCUCCCAUACUACUUUUAGAGACUUUAGGUAGGACCAGCAGGCCUGCAUGUUGGGAGCGUAGAGUUCUAGAGGGGUAAUAGGGCACUAUGAGCUCUUUAAGAUAUGAAGGUGUCUGAUCAUUAAGAGCUUUGUAGGUCAGAAGAAGGAUUUUAAAUUCUAGUCUACAUUUUAUGGGGAGUCAGUGUAGAGAAGCUAACACUGAUGAGAUGUGCUCUCUCUUGCUGGUUUUAGUCAAUACUCGAGCUGCAGUGUUUUGAACUAGCUGAAGAGUCUUCAGAGACUUAUUGGGGCAGCCUGAUAAGAGGGGAUUACAGUAAUCUAACCAUGAUGUGUUCAAAGUCCACUCAUUGGUGGGAUUUAUACAUCUUUGUAGCUUCAUAAAAUCUCAAUUCCUUUUGAUAUGACCCUGAAAAUAUUGAUCAGUGCAUUUCACAUAAACACAAUCAACCUGUUGAGCUGUUUGCUCGCGCAGUCUCUCACAGAGUGCUGAACCUCUUCUUUCCCUCUCCGGAGGUUUUAGACUCAGUCAUGUGACUCACCUGUUGAUCAUUGACCUCAGUAGUAGGAGAUGUUCCUCCAGGUGUUUGUUGUUUCUGUACUGACUGAUAAUCAGAUAUUUAUCAUGAAACAUCAUUUCAAUACUCAGUCUUUGCUCUUCUUCAACUUGAACUUCAAACAUUUAAAAUUCAAAAUUUAAACAUUCAGAUGUGAAUUUAUUUAUGACAUGAAAGUUCAAAGUUAGUGCGGAUCCAUUACAAUUAAUAAUUCAAAUUUUAUCUCUGCAACCAUCAACACAUUUUAUAAUCCAGGCGUUAGUCUGUGCCAUACUUUGUUUUCCUUUAACUAGUUUAAUUUCUUGAAAUAUAUUCCACAUCUUCUGCGUGGCUGAUCGUAUGUUUCCUCUGUGCUCCACAUGAACAAUCGGCCCUUCAUUAAGGAACAUCUACAAACUGUGGAGUCACACUUAUUUAAAAGUAUCAGUGUGUAGAUGUGUGUGUGGAGAGAUGUCUCCUCCCCAUCCGACAGGUCACACCCACUCUACCGCUCACACAAGAGAAGUUUACAGUUUUAAAGAGUAAAGACAAGAGUUUUAAAAUCAUGAGUUGUUGGCAGCACCAUGUUUGUUGUUGUUGAUCUAUGUUGGUGUCUCUCAGGUGAUUCAGGUCUGCAUCACUACAAACCAGAGGAGGGGUACUACCAAACUAAAGGUUUGCUCUCUGCUGGUUUCAGAUUAGUUUGUCAGCAUCGUACACCUCUGUGAGCCGCAGACUAACUUUCUGCCGCUCCUGAAGCUAAAACCGGACCUGAGACCUGACGACGAGGAGGGUGGAGACCUUUACAAGAGACCAGAUUGUAAUGAAUUUAUUUUCCUAAAUGCUGCGAGGAGGAGGAGGAGGAGGAGGAGGAGGAGGAGGAGGAGGAGGAACACCUGAGCGCUGCUUCUCGUCAUCUUGUACAUAUGUUGUACUUUAAUUAGUUAGAGCAGUACAUAGUAUGAAAGUCUGAUUUUGUACAGAUGCUGAUGUAUGUACAGAACAAAAUCAAAAGAAAUAAAGAGGACAUGUUUGACAAUCA